AUGGAUGAUGAUAUAAUUGGUGGAGGUCAAAAUAACAAGAGAUCACCAAUGACCCUAAACGUCACUGGGUUAUGGGACGUGGUCCCACGAUUGGACCAUUACAGAUUGAGUCGUCGUGCUAAGAGGCCAUCGUUGAGCACCCUGCACGAAGGAAAUCUUAUAAAGGACCCAAAUAUAGAGGCUGGCCAGGUCGGGGUGCCGCAGCAAGGACACACGGGUAUAAAGCUAGGAUGGAUCCAGGGUGUCCUCAUACCAUGUCUCCUCAAUAUAUGGGGUGUAAUGCUCUUUCUACGACUGUCGUGGGUGGUAGCACAGGCUGGCAUACUGCAGAGCGUCAUCAUUAUCGGAAUAUCGGCGGCUGUCUGCGUCAUCACUACGCUUAGCCUCAGCGCAAUUAGUACUAAUGGGGAAGUAAAGGGAGGUGGUAUAUACUUCAUCAUAUCAAGAACCCUGGGUGCUGAGUUUGGAGCCUCUGUGGGGAUCGUCUUCGCAUUUGCAAACGCUGUUUCGGCAUCCAUGAACACCAUUGGUUUCUGUGACUCUCUGAACGAUUUAUUGAAAGAGUACGACUUGAAGAUCAUCGACAACGGAGUAAAUGACGUUCGAAUUGUCGGUACGAUCGCGUUGAUCGUCAUGAUCUUGAUCUGUGCGAUCGGAAUGGAAUGGGAAUCGAAGGCUCAAAAUUUCCUCAUUGCCAUCAUUAUUGCAGCUAUCUUUGAUUUUGUGAUUGGCACCAUAAUAGGGCCCAAGGACAUAACACAGCAAGCAAAAGGGUUCACUGGGUUUUCCUCCGAGGUGUUCAUGGAUAACAUGGGGCCGAAUUAUCGUUUCUCUGAGAACAGUAACCAGACAUUUUUUUCCGUAUUCGCCAUUUUCUUUCCAUCCGUGACCGGCAUCCAAGCUGGCGCCAAUAUUUCCGGCGAUUUGAAAGAUCCAGCGAGUAGCAUACCGAUUGGUACCCUUCUUGCAUUGCUGAUCUCCAUGCUGAGUUAUGUCACGUUUGUUUUCUUCGCUGGUGGCGCGGCUCUAAGGGAUGCCAGUGGCCUAAUCAGCGGAAAUAACACCAUAAUAGCAGCAUGCAUUCCGAACGUCAACUGCACCUACGGAUUACACAACAGUUACUCGGUGAUGCAACUUAUGUCAGUUUGGGGGCCAUUCAUCUACGCCGGCUGUUUCGCAGCAACCCUCUCCACAGCCUUGACAAAUUUGUUAUCGGUACCACGAUUAAUACAGGCACUGGGACAGGAUAGAAUUUAUCCUGGUUUGAUUUAUUUUAGCAAGGGUUAUGGAAAGCAUGGUGAACCUUAUCGAGGUUACGUUCUCACGUUCGUCGUUGCAGCGUUGUUCCUUUUAAUAGCAAACUUGAACGCUGUGGCACCUCUGAUUUCAAAUUUCUAUCUGGCAUCAUACGCGUUGAUUAAUUUCUGCACUUUUCACGCAGCUCUUAUUCGACCACUUGGGUGGCGUCCUACUUUCAGAUAUUACAACACCUGGUUGUCACUAUUUGGCUUUAUCACCUGCUUGUUUAUAAUGUUCCUCAUUGACUGGGUGACUUCGUUGGUCACGCUGGUCAUUAUAUUUGCGUUAUAUUUGAUAGUGGUGUAUCGCAAGCCAGACGUGAAUUGGGGUAGUAGUACACAAGCACAGACUUACAAGACUGCACUUUCUAUCGUUUACAGACUGAAUUCUAUCGACGAGCAUGUCAAAAAUUAUGCCCCUCAAAUUUUGGCACUGUCCGGAGCUCCUGGCGCAAGGCCAGCGUUGCUGCAUCUGGCAAAUCUCAUCACCAAAAAUCACUCUCUGUUGGUUUCCGGUGAAAUAUACCCGACACGUUUGUCAUAUCGUUUACGAUCAAUGCGUUUGAGAAACGGUUAUGCAUGGUUGCAUCAACAACGUAUAAAGUCAUUUUACCACGUGGUGGAAGAUCUGAGCUUCGAGCGUGGUGCAUCGGCUUUGAUGCAAGCAACAGGUGUCGGGAAAUUGGCACCGAACGUAGUUUUAAUGGGCUAUAAAACACACUGGUCAACAUGUAAUCACAAGGACCUUCAGGAAUACUUCAACGUCCUUCAUAACGCAUUCGACCAAAAAUUAGCGGUGGCUAUGCUAAGAAUUGCGGAAGGAUUGGACUGUUCUGAAGUUGCAACUGCUAAUGGGGAUGACGAACAUGGCGUCUUAGCACAAAGUAGUUAUGAUUUAACAGGAAACACGUUAAUGCAUGUUGAUAGUAAUUUAUCAAUGUCCAGCCAAAUUCCAAGAGUGCAAAGCGUGCCAACAAUGGGAACUCCAUUCGUAUCUGUUGACCCACCACAAAUUAUUAGAGAUUCACCUACUCACGGAAGUGCUCGAGAUCAUUUGAAGCAUAAACGGAAACACGCGAUAGAGAAAUUAAUGGAGAAACGACAUGCAAUGACACCUGUACCUGAACGCUUGGCAAUCUUCCAAAGAAAACACAGAAAUGGAACAAUUGACGUAUGGUGGCUAUAUGACGAUGGAGGUUUGACGAUUCUUCUUCCAUACAUUAUCAGUACUCGCUCGAAUUGGGAGCACUGUAAAAUGAGAAUUUUCGCGUUGGCCAACCAUAAACAGGACAUCGUAGAUCAAGAGAAAGAAAUGGUCGAGAUAAUGGCCAAAUUCAGGAUAAGAUAUACUAGUCUGAAAAUGGUGGACGACAUAAGUGUUCAGCCGAAGCAAGAAACGUUAGAUUUCUUCGAUAAACUCAUAUCUGACUUCCGGAAAAAUGAACCUGACGACACAGAAUGCUGCGUAACAGAACUUGAACUUCAGUCUUUGAAAGAAAAGACGUACAGGCAGCUCAGACUACGAGAAUUAUUAUUAGAAAACUCCAGUCAGUCCACAUUGGUUGUGAUGUCACUACCAAUGCCGAGAAAAGGCGCACUUUCAGCGCCACUUUACAUGGCAUGGCUGGAAGCUUUAACCAAAAAUAUGCCACCGACACUUUUAAUACGCGGGAAUCACACUUCAGUGUUGACGUUUUAUUCGUAGUUCACCGACAUUACUCUAAAUGAUAAUAUAAUUUCAGCGUCUAGAUAAAUUUACGUUGAACAGCAUCAUGAAAAUGUCUUACACAUACGGCAAAGACAUCUUCUGAUGCGGACAGACAGUAUUCGGUAUAUUCAUGCCAAAAGUUAUGUAGAUACUAUGAUCUGCUUUCGUUUUUAUACAGUAUUCAUCAACGUCAAGCCCGAUGGUACUUACUGACGAGAUUAUUUUAGCAUAGAAGUGAAAGACAACAGUAUAAGGACUUCAAUAAAUGAUAGUACCGUAACUUUGAUAGUUAUAGGAUUCUAGAACAUGCUAACAGAAAGAUAUACUAUAGAAAUAUACUAAAAAUGUAUUGUAAUUUCAAAAGAGAAAGAAAAUGUUUUACUUAGUUAGCGACGAAUGACUUUUAUAUGCGUAAAAAUUAGA